AUGUCGUUCUCCAACAGCAGUGGCGGGACGCUCACUGUUCCCAGCCCCACGCACGUCCACCAUGCCGACGUUCUUGCAUCAUCAGUCAGGAGCCUCCGACGCUCCCUCUCAAGAUCACCAUCUAAGUUCAGCCUGGCGCGUACAAGCUCACCAAGCUCUGAGAGUUCUCACAGCGGAUCCCACACUCCUGUGCAGCAGCAAUCGCCUUGCCGACGAUAUACGCCAACCCCGACACCUCCCAGCAGCAGCCACGACAACACUACCGCCUUUGGGGAGUCAUUCCAAAGCCACACCCCAGCGGGGCUCCCUCACUCGAUGACCUCGACAACGCCUUUCAGCUCCCCGCCAAGCCUCGCGACACCCUUUCGUCCCAACGUCCGUCUUUCUCUACGCUCUGCAAAGACCUCGAAGGCAACCGGCAGCCCCUCGAGGCCGGCUACCCGACUUCGGACAUCGCCCAAAUCCCCCCUCAAGCGCGCGCUGAGCGCUACAACAGAAUCGGGGGUAAAUUCCACCCCUUCCUCAUCUUCAAGCUCGGAGGCCUCGGGCCAGGAAAAUAACCAAUCUUCUGCACAACAGAGCCCGCAUUCGCGAUCGUCCGCCCAGAAAUCUCGCCAUAGCCUUCAUCUAGACGUAUCAGGCCACGCCCAGCAGACGAAUAUUUUCAAACAUCUGGAAAGUAACGGUGAUUCGCAGGGAGCACCAGGGUCGGGUGCUCUCAAACGCAGCGACGCCAUCAUGAACCUGGACCAGGCGUCUCUGGGCAGUCCCGUCGCGAAACGACGGAGUUUGCACGGCAUUUCAAAUUUUGGUCAAAACGCAUAUGAUUUCAACAUUUUCGAUAACACCAACAGCACCACGAGCAAGACCAAUUUCGACAUCCAUGACGAAGCCAACCGGGAGCGCGAGUACGAACUUUUCGGUUCAAGUCCUGCUGCUCGGGAGCCUCUUUCUUCACCGACUCCGCCUCCGCAGAUCCCGAGAAGAACUGGAUCGCUCCGACGGUCGACGCUUCAGCAAAGACAGCACGAUCGAAGUUCUUGGGGUCGGAAGUCUGGUGCGAAUCACCUUGCUCAAAUGGCCGGUGAAUUCUCUUCUCCCAAUGUCAAGAAUCGACCGCGUCUUUCGAUGGAUCAGUUCCUCCCUCCUCAGCUCCCGCGGGACAGCCCAUUCACCUCCAACGGACCCUUGCCCAACCCUUCAGCUCACCCUAUUGACCGACCUUUCCAUCAACCUCACCCUCUGUCCAAGACGCUAGUCACUUCUACGUCCGGUAACAACCUCGAGGAGCAGAACAGCAGUAUGCCUCCUCCUUAUGUCUUUGAGAAGCCACGAGCUCCUCUCAGCUUUGCCAAGUCUAUGCCUUACGGAUCUUCUCGACCCUCGUUUAUGCAGGAAGAGGGCGAGAAUGUUACGCCUUUCAAGGCAGCCAAGCCAUGGGCUGGGGCUUUCAUGUCAACUGGUCUUGUUUCCAAGGUGAACCGCAAUCCGGAGGAGGACAACAAGUUGACGAUGCCCGAUACCCCUUGCAAGAAGCCCACUAAUGGCUUCGCAACUUUCCCGCCUCCGCCUGGCAGUGCGAUCAAGAAGAGCAACCGCUAUUCUUUUGGCGGCAUGCCCUCGACGCCCUUCAAUGCUCCAGGGGCUCCAUCUCGCAGCACAUUCGGCAAUCCUGGAAAAGGACUGGGUAUCUUCCAACGACUUGGAUCGCGUCAUGCGCGCCGGGGCAGUGUCUUGAGCUUGGAUGAAGAUAAGAAAUUCUCCCUCGACACAAACUUCAAUGUUGGUCCGGGGGCCGAAACUGAUGCCCCUCCGACUCCUACAAAGCAGGGUCUUACGCCCAGCUUAAGCAAUCUGAGUGAGCAGAGCAUCGAGAGCCCCAGCGCCAAAAGGUCGCUCCCGCCCCCCAUGUCUGCUGUCCGGCCAAUGAUUUCCAGAGAGUCUACUGGUAAGUGUGCUUCCCAGGAGCGGUCUGGCGACGAGGAUGAUAGUGACUCGCCGAGCUCUCGGUUUGGUCCUGCUAUCUCGCCCAUUUGCAGACUGUCUUCUUCCCAGCAUCUUUCUUUGCCGUCAUUUUGUCGUUCCAGAACGGCAAGGGGUCAACUGGACCCUGCGGCUUGCGCUUAUCAAAUGAAUUUGUUGGCUAAGAAAAGUACUUCAAACACAGCUAGCCCAGUGGAACAACGCUCCCCGCGAACUCCCUCAACUCACGUUGUUCUUCCCGAUGCCAGCUGUCUAUCCAUCUCCAAUCCCGCCGAGUCGCAGAGUACCACUACUCCAGUCACGCCGUCAGGGCGUGACUCCUUCCAAAGCACUACUACACAGCUUAUGACUCCCGUCAAUGCCGGUCGUGGCAAUGCAGAUGUCGAUGACUCACUUUACUCUCGCUUCGACAAGGUCGAGAUGGUCGGCAAGGGAGAAUUUUCCUCCGUCUACCGCGUGGUCAAGGCCGGAUACUCUCGCGCCUCCUUCCUCUCUGUCUUUAGUGGAACACCUACGAAGAACCCUCGCGAGAGUCCCGAGCCCGACCGCAUUUACGCCGUGAAGAAAGCGCGCCGUCAGUUCACGGGCCCUAAGGACCGCCUGUCCAAGCUCAGAGAAGUCCAAGCGCUUCAAGCCCUGACACACGCAGAUCACGUUGUCCACUAUGUCGACAGCUGGGAGUACAACCAGUACCUUUACAUCCAGACAGAGUAUUGCGACGAAGGCACUCUAGACAAGUUUCUCAGCAAUGUUGGUCGUAAAGGCAGACUUGAUGAUUUCCGUAUUUGGAAAGUUAUCCACGACAUAGGCUUGAGUAGGAUGAGGCUAACCAAGAGGCAGGGCCUGCAAAGCAUCCACGAAGCUGGCUUUAUUCAUCUCGACUUGAAGCCGGCCAACAUUCUUAUUACCUUCGAAGGCAUCCUCAAGAUCGGCGAUUUCGGACUGGCAACGGAGUGGCCCGCUGCCAAGGGUGUCGAUGCGGAAGGAGACAGAGAAUACAUCGGCCCUGAAAUACUACGUGGCGACUUUAACAAGCCUGCAGACAUCUUCUCUCUCGGUUUAAUCACGAUCGAGAUGGCUGCCAAUGUCGUCCUCCCAGACAACGGCCCUACUUGGGUUGCUCUUCGUUCUGGUGACCUCUCUGAAGUCCCUAGUCUGACCUUCAGCGCCACCACUACAACAAAUGCUCACCGAGACGCGGCAGGGGUUCCCACGGUGCAGUCGCUUGAUGACCCGCUCCUUGGCCAAACCAGUGCUCCGGAUAUCAGUCUCCACUCGGGUGCUGCUCCUACUCGGGUGAGCGUGAUCAUGGACGACGAGAGUCCUUUUAUUACGCGCAAGCGCACGGAGCUUAGGUCUCCCCCGGAUUUCAUGAGCGAUCCUUUCCACUCUAGCUCUCUCGAUCAAAUCGUCCGAUGGAUGAUCAGCCCAGAGCCGAGUGAGCGACCAACCAUUCAACAGUUGCUAUCAACUCCCUCGAUGGUGUGGGUCGCCCAACGUCGCAGAUCAGCUGCAACCGUCUUCGAAGGUGUUUGGGGACCUAGCGAGUCAACCGCACUCCCCACCUUGGUGGACGAAGAUAUCGAAAUGAUGGACGUCUAA